AUGCGUUUCGCUGCUGCCACCGCCAUCCUGGCCACUUCGGUCAUGGCCGGAACCGAGGUCUCUGUUGAGCCCACCAGCACCGCCUUUGUCACCCAGCACGUUACCGUCACUCAGUGCCCCGAGACCGUCACGGACUGCCCUUCCCGCUCCAAGACCACCUCGGUCAUCACCAACACUGUGCCUCUGACCACCAGCACCAUCUACAGCACCAAGGUCCACACCAUCACCAGCUGUGCUCCUACCGUCACCGACUGCCCUGCUCACAGCACCGUCGUCAGCACCGAGACCGUCUCUGUCUCCACCACCAUCUGCCCCGUUGCCCCUGCCACCCAGACUCCUGGUCACUGGAACAACUCGACUAUCCCCGUUGGCCCUGGUGGUGAGAAGCCUAAAGGCCCUGGUGGCGAGAAGCCCUCUGGGCCUGGCGGCGACAAGCCUGCUGGCCCUGGCGGCGACAAGCCUGCUGGCCCUGGCGGCGACAAGCCUGCUGGCCCUGGCGGCGACAAGCCUGCCGGCCCUGGCGGCGAGAAGCCCGCUGGUCCUGGUGCUGAGAAGCCCUCCAAGUCGGUUGGCCCUCCCGCCCCCGCUUGCCCUACUCACUCCGUCACCGCCAUCACCAAGAGCUACACCACCGUUCUCACCUCGGUUGAGUACUCUACCAUUGCUGUUCCCUGCCCUACCGGUGGCAACCCCGCCAUCCCUACUGGCGCCAACCCCGGCGGCCCUGGUGCCAACCCCGGCGCUCCUGGUGCCAACCCUGGCGCUCCUGGUGCCAACCCUGGCGCUCCUGGCGCUAACCCCGGCAACCCUGCCGGCACCGGCGCUCCCAAGCCCCCUGCUGGUGGCAACCAGACCUGCACUGGUCCCAACUGCCCUGCCCAGCCUCCCGUCACUGGUGCUGCCGCUAGCUUUGCUGGCUCCGCCAUCUUUGCCGCUGCUGCCGGUCUCGCUGCUUUCGUCCUUGCUUAA